AUGUCAGAUGAAUUGGACAGUAGUGAUCAAGAAUAUUCAAAAUUAGACAAAGAGAAAGAAGAGGAAAAAGAAGUUCGGGUUGAAGUGCAACUUGAAAAAUGCACUGCCAAUGCCUUAGCUGUAACGUCUGUCUCCGAAAUGCUAGACCAGGGUGAUGUCACCUCUGUCAUAACAAGUCUAUCUGCAGAAGAUUCUGUUCUUCACAGUCAGUCAGUUCUUAAUGAAGCAGAAACCAUUGCCUCAUCAGGUGACUUGGAAAGCUCACCCUGUCUGUCAGACACACCUGUGUCAUCUGACCUGCUGUCUGAUUCACCCACCAUCAGUUCAACUGUAGGGCUUCUUCAUCAGCCAGUUGUCUUAACUUCUUCUGUACUGCCUUGUGUGUUGACGCAUGUUCAAGGGACAUCAGAACUUCUCACUGGUGAACUGCAUGAACAGGAAAGUCAAGAGGAAUUGUUAAUGGUAAAAGGAGAGGAUAGAGAAGUUCUGGAACCUUGUGUUGUGGUGAGUCAUGAAAGAAACUCUUAGUACAGUUAAACCUCCAUGUGUAACCACCUCUCGUAAGCGACCACCUCCCUUAAACGACCACCCAUCCAAAACACCAAAAUUUUCCCAGUCAAAGCCUUACAGUUGGAACCUCCAGUAAAAAUAAAAAAAAAACCCCUGUAAGCGACCAUAACCACUUUUGGGCCUUACGGUUAAUGAUUUUCCAUUGCUUUUAACCUCUUGUAAGCGACCACUUGACGCAUUCUCUGAUCUGUAUGUUCGCUGUGUGUACUAUGAAGAUAUGAAGAACUUUAGUGGCAACAUGUAACAACACAUGUCGUACCUGGACCUCUUCUCCGAACGGAGGCCCCCUGUGGUUCAAAUCUUGUAAGCGACCACCUUCCGUAAGCGACCACUCAGUCUUUGCAUUUUGGGUGGUCUCUUACGAGAGGUUCGACUUUAGUACAAUGUAUAGUGUCUAACCUAUACCCACCUACUUUUAUUCAAGGAAAAGGCAUGAAAUUUUUAUGCCGAGAGUCCCAGCAUUUUUCUAGAGAGCCCACCUCAUCUUAAGAUGUCCAAGGUUUCCCAAAGUUCCUAGUUCCACUGCUUUCUUUUCUAAAAUCAGAGUAUUUUUGGAAAGUACUAUCAUUCAUACUGACUCUUCUCAAGUUGGUUCACGUUUAUUGUGCUUUAUAAUUAUGUAAAUUUUUCCUGCCUGAUUCAUGAUCAAUAAUGGUCUUCAGGUAUGGGGGCUCCUUGAAAUAACCCUUUGGAGUGUUUUGAUGUCAAGAUGUCAUGUUAUCAUAAUAUCGUCUCCUUUUCAUUCCCCUUCCACUAAUUUGUAUAUGAAUUUUGUUAAGAAUAACUUGUUGACAAAGUCAGUCAAUUAUUUGUUUUGUUUAUUCUUUGCUAGUUUACAACAGCUGAGGCCAUUCAGACAAGCAAAUCAUCUGACAAGAACUCAUCACCAGCGGCAACAGAUGUUGUGGUCACAAAUCCAUCUAGUCUAACCUACUUGCGGCAAAUUUUUGAUCCGGAGCAAGUAAGCCCCCAAGGCCAAAUAGUGUCAGUUUUGCCCCAUGGUAUGACAUCUCCACUUUCGCCAACUUUGCCAGAACUUCACUCAUGCAAAUGGGAUAAUUGCUGUCAUCACUUCUUGUCUCUAGAGGAUCUUGUCACUCAUGUCAAUGAUAGCCAUAUAAGGACAGAAGCCAGUGAAUACUGUUGUUUAUGGCAGGGGUGUCCCCGUAAUGGAAAGGGCUUCAAUGCCCGGUACAAAAUGUUAAUACACAUGAGAACACAUACCGGUGAGAGACCCCACACGUGUACACAUGACUCUUGUGGCAAGAGCUUUUCACGACUAGAAAAUUUAAAAAUUCACACAAGGUCGCACACUGGAGAGAAACCUUAUGUCUGUCCAGUGGCAGGUUGUAACAAAAGGUACUCUAAUUCAAGCGACAGGUAUAAACACACACGGACACAUUCAGAGACCAAACCAUAUCACUGCAAAGUGGCAAACUGUUUUAAAAGAUAUACAGAUCCAAGUUCACUGAGGAAACAUUACAAGACUAUUCACGGCAAGGAUGUGAUUUCUGAGGAACAAGAAUGAUGUACAUAGUAUGAUUAAUCAUGGAGUGGGGUUGGUAAUUAAUUUUUGCAAUUUCUCCUACUAGGUGUUGGCUUACAACUAGUGAACCUGAGUUGACUUAUGGCACCGGGAGGUACUUUAGAAAUGUUUGGGUAGGGGUGUUCUGCUGGGACCCAGGAACCCUUAGCCUAUACCAGAACUAGUUCGACUGAAUUAUGCUACCCUAAAACUCCCAAAAUCUCUUGCUAUCCUAGAGGCACUAUUUUCCAGAAAUUACUGAUGUUGACACUUUCUUUGCUAUGUAACUGAGGUGCGGGUAAAUUAAGAUUUGCCAAUUUCCUUUUUCUUAGUGUCAAUCACUGGUUUCCCUUCACCCAGUUGAUCAGUUUUUUUAUACAUUGUACCCUAUCCCAUACUACUAAACUGCUUGAAAAUCCCCAAAUCUUCACAGUGGCACAUCCCUAUAUAUCCCAUAUAUGGCCUUACCCCUACCCCCCUGUGACCUAUGGCUGGAAUUUGUACCUGCCCACUGAACCAUAUGAUAGUUUUUUGAUACGCAGCAAAUGGUCAGUUUUAUUAAUGCAUGCCGAAUUAGUUAAAAAUUUGUUAUAUUCUACCUAGUUAGCCUGAGAAAACAGCCAACAUUUGGUGAUGCUACCACUCAUUUCCCU